ACCCUUUCUUCUCCCAACCUCAUCAACGACCACCACUUCUGUUGCUCAAAACCAUUACCAUACCUUCCUAACAACCUCUUGCACGAUACCCUUUCUCUUUUUUCUUCGCCUCUCACAUAACCACAACAAUGUUCCGCCGUCUCGUAACAGUCGCUCCCCGCUCCGCGGGCGCUCUCUCGCCUCGCAUCAUCGCUCCCGCCGUCGCCGGCAUGCAGCAGACCCAGACCUCGAGCCUGCGGGCGGCGUCCACUCCGUCUCCUCUCCAGCAGCAGCGCCGGGGCUACCACGAGAAGGUCCUCGACCACUACUCCAACCCCCGCAACGUGGGCUCCAUGGCCAAGAGCGUCGACGUCGGCACGGGUCUCGUCGGUGCCCCCGCCUGCGGUGACGUGAUGAAGCUCCAGAUCCGCGUCGACAAGGACACCAAAGUGAUCAGCGACGUCAAGUUCAAGACCUUCGGCUGCGGCAGCGCCAUCGCCAGCUCCAGCUACCUGACCGAGUUGGUCCGCGGCAUGACCCUCGACGAAGCCGCCAAGAUCCGCAACACUGAUAUCGCCAAGGAGCUGUGCUUGCCUCCUGUCAAGUUGCACUGCUCCAUGCUCGCCGAGGAUGCCAUCAAGUCCGCCAUCUCCGAUUACUACACCAAGAACCCCAAGGCUGUCAAGACCAACCUGGCGGGUACUGGUGCCUCGAUCCCGGACCUCCAUGCUCAGCCCGAGAAGGCGGCCCCUGUCGCCUAAAUAUGACACAAAAGUCCGAACAAAAUCGAAAAUACAAAAACAAUUUUGAAGAAAAAAUAAGGCGAUACCAUGAUACGAAUACCUUACCUUGCAUCGAUUUUUUUUAUUCCCGACCCACCGGAAUUGGAGGCUGAGCAAUGAAUGAUGGACCUCGAGUCAUGAUCGCCGCAAGCUAAUGGUUCUUGUCUCUUCUUUCAUUUUGUGAGAGACAAGGAAAACAAAAAAGCAGUAGCUGUGUGGGACAAAGACGUUCGCUUUUUUCUUUCUUGUUCUUGAUUGUGGAUCUGGGACGGAGUUAUCUGUUUCUUCACUUCAAUACUGUACAGCAAUUUUUGUGUCUUCUUCUUUCUUUUUUUCUUUUUUU